UCUUCCUGCUGAUGUGUGCCGCGAGCUGACCGAGACCUUGUGCAUCAGGCGAAUACUCUGAUAUUAUUCAUGGGGUGUGGAAAGUGUAACACUGCAGGAUAAUCAAUCGCCGAUAAUAAAAUAAGACGCGCUAUGGAUUAUGAAUGAACAAAUGUCCCGCGCAGGCCUUGGAUCAUCCUCUUGUCCGCCUUCGGAGGCUUGAAAGACGCCGGCAUCACAUGCACUCUAUCUACAGCACUUACGCGUCCAAUUGCCCUUCAGCUUUCCUCCGAACAAGCCGCCUGCUCGUACCAGAGUUGGCAACUGCUACGGUAGGAUCACAUCUGCUUUCACUCCGAGCCGCGUCGGUGGCGGCGGGGUACGUCGCACAGUUCCCCCCGCAAUGCCGCCUAGUUAAACGCCUCAUUCAACUCGCAGCUCCAGAUCGACGACCAUACGGCUACUUCACCGACCACAUUACCAACUCAGUCGCACACACUAGCACAAUGGCGUUGCUGAGCCCCCACCGGAGCGCGCGGUGGUGUGUACAGUGGAAGGAAGGGUAUCGCGGGCCGGCGCAUUGGCUCGUGGCACGCCCAUGGAGUCGGGAAAGACGAGGGAAAAAACUUGGUGCUCUUCCGCCCCGCGCCGCGAAGCUUCCGCAUCCCGAAGGAGGGGGAACCGGGGCUGUGGGUUCCAGUGGAGGGGAAGCCAAUCACGCACGAGAGGGGUGAUCGUGCGUCACUGCUAUCGAUGUCCUGCAUUCGAGCAUUGGACAGUCUCCUCGGAGCUGGGGGUCUAGGGUGAAGCAGGAUGGUUUGUAAGAAUGACGACGAUGGCCCUGAUUGUUUCCCGUGGAUGCCAUGCCUUGGUCAGACCGGCAAUCCGGCGUUCCUGAGAUGCGUGGCCGCCUCGCCCCCGCCCCGGCGGGAAUUAAGAAAACGUGGUACGUGUU